AUGUCUAAAGCUGUCGGAAUUGAUUUGGGUACUACGUACUCCUGUGUCGCACACUUCUCCAACGACCGUGUGGAAAUCUUGGCUAACGACCAAGGUAACAGAACCACUCCAUCUUUCGUUGCCUUCACCGACACCGAAAGAUUGAUCGGUGAUGCUGCCAAGAACCAAGCUGCCAUGAACCCAGCCAACACCGUUUUCGACGCCAAGCGUUUGAUAGGUAGAAACUUCACCGACGCUGAAGUCCAAGGUGACAUCAAGCACUUCCCAUUCAAGGUUGUCGACGUCGGUGGUAAGCCUCAAAUCCAGGUCGAAUACAAGGGUGAGACCAAAGUCUUCACUCCUGAGGAAGUCUCCUCUAUGAUUUUGGGUAAGAUGAAGGAGACCGCUGAAAACUACUUGGGUUGCAAGGUCAACGACGCUGUCGUCACCGUCCCAGCCUACUUCAACGACUCCCAGAGACAAGCCACUAAGGACGCCGGUACCAUUGCCGGUCUAAACGUCUUGCGUAUCAUCAACGAACCUACUGCGGCUGCCAUUGCCUACGGUUUGGACAAGAAAUCCGAAGGUGAGAAAAAUGUCUUGAUCUUCGACUUGGGUGGUGGUACGUUCGAUGUCUCCCUACUGUCUAUCGAAGACGGUAUUUUCGAAGUCAAGGCUACCGCUGGUGACACUCAUUUGGGUGGUGAAGAUUUCGACAACAGAUUGGUCAACCACUUCGUCCAAGAAUUCAAGAGAAAGAACAAGAAGGACUUGACCACCAACCAAAGAUCUUUGAGAAGAUUGAGAACUGCAUGUGAGAGAGCCAAGAGAACUUUGUCCUCUUCUGCUCAAACCUCCAUUGAGAUCGACUCUUUGUUCGAAGGUAUCGACCUUUACACCUCUAUCACCAGAGCCAGAUUUGAAGAAUUGUGUGCUGACUUGUUCAGAUCCACUUUGGACCCUGUUGAGAAGGUCUUGAGAGACGCUAAAUUGGACAAGUCUGCCGUUCACGAAAUCGUUCUUGUUGGUGGUUCUACCAGAAUUCCAAAGGUUCAAAAGCUUGUCUCUGACUACUUCAACGGUAAGGAACCCAACAGAUCCAUCAACCCUGAUGAAGCUGUUGCUUACGGUGCUGCCGUUCAAGCCGCCAUCUUGACUGGUGACGAAUCUUCGAAGACUCAAGACUUGUUGUUGUUGGAUGUCGCUCCUCUAUCUCUUGGUAUUGAAACCGCUGGUGGUGUCAUGACCAAGUUGAUUCCAAGAAACUCUACUAUUCCAACCAAGAAGUCUGAAGUUUUCUCCACUUACGCCGACAACCAACCAGGUGUGUUGAUUCAAGUGUUUGAAGGUGAAAGAGCUAAGACUAAGGACAACAACUUGUUGGGUAAGUUUGACUUGAGCGGUAUCCCACCUGCUCCAAGAGGUGUCCCACAAAUCGAAGUCACUUUCGAUGUUGACGCCAACGGUAUUUUGAACGUCUCUGCGGUUGAAAAGGGUACUGGUAAGUCUGAAAAGAUCACUAUCACCAACGACAAGGGUAGAUUGACCAAGGAAGACAUUGAGAGAAUGGUUUCCGAGGCCGAGAAGUUCAAGGAAGAAGAUGAGAAGGAGACUGCCAGGAUUGGUGCUAAGAACCAGUUGGAAUCUACCGCUUUCUCUUUGAAGAACACCAUCUCUGACGCUGGUGACAAGUUGGACGAGGCCGACAAAGAGACCUUGACCAAGAAGUGUGACGAAGUCAUUGCUUGGUUGGACGCUAACACCACUGCCACUGCUGAGGAAUACAAUGACCAAUUGAAGGAAUUGCAAGAAGUUUCUAACCCAAUUGUCACUAAGAUGUAUCAGGCUGGCGGUGCCCCAGGUGCUGCUCCAGGUGGAUUCCCAGGCGGUGCUCCUCCAGCUCCUGAAGCCGAUGGUCCAACUGUUGAAGAAGUUGACUAA